GGGCGGGAGGAGGCUGGUUCUUGCCUUUCGGUCCCUCUCCGCCCCCCUCCUGCCCCUCUCGCUCGCAAGUUUGCCGCUGCGCCGCGGCGCCUCCGGAGCGGCUGGCUGCGGGCUGCCCUGCCCCGCUCCCGGCGCUGCCCGCGGCCGGCCGGGCGGGGACGGCGGCGAGCCAGGCGAGCCGGGGAGCGGCCCGCCGCCCCCGGGGAAGGCUCCGCUCCGGGGAGCUGCGGGGGGAGGCGGCUGGCACAGACGCCGAAGCUCCGCCGCCCACCCCCCGGCACCGCCGCAGUCUGCCCAGCGCCGGCAGCCCCGGGAGAUGGUGACACAUGAAGCGUGCGGGAAGGACCAUGGUUGAGAGGACCAGCAAGUUCUUGCUGAUCGUGGCCGUCUCGGUGUGCUUCAUGCUUAUCCUGUACCAGUACGUGGGGCCGGGGCUGAGCCUGGGUUCCCCCAGCGGCCGCUCCUACUCGGAGGAGCUGGACCUCUUUCCCACGCCGGACCCGCACUACGUGAAGAAGUAUUACUUCCCCGUGCGGGAGCUGGAGCGGGAGCUCGCCUUCGACAUGAAGGGCGAGGACGUGAUCGUCUUUCUGCACAUCCAGAAGACCGGCGGCACCACCUUCGGCCGCCACCUGGUGCAGAACGUGCGGCUGGAGGUGCCCUGCGACUGCCGGCCCGGGCAGAAGAAGUGCACCUGCUACCGGCCCAACCGCAGGGAGACCUGGCUCUUCUCUCGCUUCUCCACGGGCUGGAGCUGCGGGCUCCACGCCGACUGGACCGAGCUCACCAACUGCGUGCCCGGCGUGCUGGACCGCCGGGAGAGCGCCGCGGCCAAGACGCCCAGAAAAUUCUACUACAUCACCCUGCUGAGGGACCCUGUCUCCCGUUACCUCAGCGAGUGGCGCCACGUCCAGCGAGGGGCUACCUGGAAGACGUCCUUGCACAUGUGUGAUGGCAGGACACCAACCCCCGAGGAGCUGCCCUCGUGCUACGAGGGCACGGACUGGUCGGGCUGCACGCUGCAGGAGUUCAUGGACUGCCCCUACAACCUGGCCAACAACCGCCAGGUGAGGAUGCUGGCCGACCUGAGCCUGGUGGGCUGCUACAACAUGUCCUUCAUCCCGGAGAACAAGCGGGCGCAGAUCCUGCUGGAGAGCGCCAAAAAAAACCUCAAGGACAUGGCCUUCUUCGGCCUGACGGAGUUCCAGAGGAAGACUCAGUACCUGUUUGAGAGGACUUUCAACCUGAAGUUCAUCCGGCCCUUCAUGCAGUACAACAGCACGCGGGCGGGCGGCGUGGAGGUGGGCGAGGACACCAUCCGCAGGAUCGAGGAGCUCAACGACCUGGACAUGCAGCUCUAUGACUAUGCAAAGGACCUCUUCCAGCAGCGCUACCAGUACAAGAGGCAGCUGGAGAGGAUGGAGCAGAGGAUAAAGAACCGCGAGGAGAGGCUCCUGCACCGCUCCAACGAGGCGCUUCCCAAGGAAGACACCGAGGAGCAGGGGCGUCUGCCCACCGAGGACUACAUGAGCCAUAUCAUAGAGAAGUGGUAGCCCAGGCAGACUUUUGUACUCAGCAACAUCCUGGGGUUUCCAUAUCAAGAGGUCGUGGAAGUAAAACUGCAGGAAAAAAGAGAAAAGGACAAAAAUUAUUUUAUUUAAAAACGAGUCUGUAAAACAGAAGGUAGAUUGCUUCCUUAAGCGUAGGGUCUUUUUACUGUUUCUUACGAGACCGAUGAGAUUCUUAAAAAAAAGAAAAAAAAAACAAUAAAUGCAUAAAAAUAAAAAAAGGGUCAACAUUCUAAUGCAGAGAUUAAAAAAAUAUGCACAAAUGCAGUUACCCACUCAUGAGGCCAAAUGCAGAAGAAUGUUUCUUAUCCUCACAAUUUUAACACAAGUGGCAGAAGUAGGGUUUUUUAAAAAUCUGUUUAUGCCCUGAGCGUAAUGAUCUAAAGAUGCAUAAUUAACAAACAAGGAAACAGAGGUUUUCUUGUGUGGGGGAGGUGGGGUGGGAACUGCAUUGUUUGUCAGUAACUGUUAAUGGUGACUGAGUUGAGGAUGGGCCAUCCUGUCAGGCUGGGAUCUGAGCACACAGGCAGUCACAGCAUUUCAGCUGGCAGCCACUGCCAGAAAACAGAGCACCAUAAAGGAAAAAAAAGAAGAAAACCAGUCAGAGGAUGAGAAACAUUAAAGCAAAUUGACUAUGGCCUGGGAAAUGUACUUAGCACAGUGGUUCUGAUUCAUUGCACUGCUAUCACAUAUACAUAGGCAGCUUCAUCACAGAAAUAAUCGGGAAUUCAUACACCAAACUCCCAGGUUUGUUUCCUAGACAGAUCCCAAAACAAGUUAAAAGCCAACCAUAGACUCAAACCUGCACUCUCAUGUCAUCCUGUCAGCUUACACCACUACCACACAAGCCACCAUCAGUGCUGUGUGUUAACAGCACACAAAACCCUAUCCUACUUACUACAAAAAAAAAAAGGAGGAAAACUUAAAUAGUCCUUCAUAAAUCCACACAAAAUUCAGACCCUGCAAAUGAUAAGUCAUUAAUGGGAAUGCAGGGAGAGGGUGAUUUUGUUUUGUUUGUUGCUAUGUGAAAUAGUGACCCAGAAUAAGCAUCCAGACGUACUCUAGCUGUGUUAUUUCAGUUAUUUUUACUUGCUUUUAUCAAGAGGUAAUGGGCAUCAGGCUGCUUCCAGUGAAGUCACUAGAACUGAUUUAAGUGGGAACAGGAUGGGGCUCUCUUCCAGAGCUGUGAAAAUUUCUGACUGUGGGUCUGAAUUAAUGAUGAGACAGUGCACAUUGUCCUUUGGCAGGGUGCCUGUUCUGCAGCCCUUACUUUAAACGACCAAGCUGUGUUCAUAAAAGUGCAAAGGGGAAUCAUGGAUAGUGUUUUUUUAGUCUCAGACCACUCUCAAAGCAGAACUCUUUCUCUUUCAAUGCAGUUUUUUAGGGCCUCAUGUGAGUUUAAUCCUCCAGUGUGGGGACAGUCUAACCAGGUUCUGCUUACUGACUUGUGAGUCAUGGAACAACAAUGACUUCUCUAAUUCCUCUUCCCACUCACCAAAUUGAAAUAUGGCUUAUUUUUUGCUGUUGCAAGCACUUCUUUGUUUUCUGGAAGCAUGGAAAUGAGGUAGUUUUUGCCUGGUUCAUGUCUCCCUCUGUUAUUGCUCAGCCUGUAGGACCUGAACCAGCUAUUGUUUAGGGUAAACUCUGAACCAAAUGGAAUAUGAUUUCAUUUGCAAAGGCCAUGGUAACUGCAAAUCAAAUAUGGCAUUGAAGUCACUGGAGAAGAGGCAGGGAGCUGAUGCACUCAGCUUUAGCAUGUCAUUUUUACAGCAUCCCUUUCCCAUCACACAAAUCCACUGAUGUGCUGCUUGCUUUGUGUUUUAAUUCUUUCUCUGCCUCUGUGCACUGUUUUCAAGUUCAGACUGAGUUUGGCAAAGGAGGGGCUUCUUUGUUCUCCUGUGCACACCCUGGGGGAUACACGCUGCUUUUGGAGACAUUCUCCUACUGGAGAGCAAAGACAACUAAAAACUUGAGAAAAUACAAAGAGCACUUAGGGCUCAAAUACAAAUCUACUGCAGCCCUGAGCCAAAGUGCACCAGAGUCAGAGGAUGUCUUUGCUGUUGAUUUCAGGUGGAUUUUGGACAGGUCUGCAUCCUGCUGCUGCCAAGUGCAGGCACAGCAGGACAUUGUCACCCACACGUUUGGCUGGUACCAGUUUGUGCUGGUGCUGUCCACGGCUCCAGGGCUGUGUCAGAGCUCCUGCCACAGGAUGGCUCCUCUCCCCAGAAAUGUGUAGCCUGGCCUUAAGCAUUUCCUCCUGGAUGAAAACUGGGAAGCAAAAUGAAGCAGUGUUUGGGGGUUGCCUUGGGGGCAGAGAAGGUGUUCCAAGCCCAUUUGCUCAUCUCUGAAUUCCAAAACUGGGAGAAGCUUUGUCUGCUGCUUGCCGGCACUUUCACCUUUCGCUGUAACUAAAGAAAACAUUUGUAUUUUAAAAAUGCAGCUUCAUAGGCUUCUUACCCACAAAACCAGCACACCAGAUACAAAAAGCAGCUGCUGUACAUGCAGGGUCUCCACCUUUCCCCAGAAGCUGCUCAGGGUGUGUCCUGUGCCAUGGGUCCAUAACUCGAGUGGCUCCUGCAGCUGCUCUGCUGGGGCUGGGUGUGAUCCAGAGCAGUGCUGGGAUCAGGCUGUGCCUGCCUGAGCUGCUCCUGUGUUACAGGCUCUGAGGAACCAGCUGGAUGUUAAUGGAUCUGUCUGCAGGGCUGUCUAAAUCAGGAGCAGCCUCUGACCUUAGAAGCGUGGCAGUGAAAGACCUUGUUCCAGCAUUUUCUUUGUAAUGUAUUGCAGUAACAAGCAGAAGAAAUGAAAUUAUAUUGAAAACUGUCUUUGGGUAACAGUUUCAUUUCAGCCACAAAAGGAGGGCUGACCUCACUUAGUACUGAGGCAGAAGUUUCUAGAUUUAAGUCCUGCACCCAGCAAACGCCUCAGUUUUUCCACCUCUACACUGGGAGUAACAAAUUCAUUCUAAAAGGGUAUGAAAGGCAUGAAAAGUAUAGGGCACUUUGAAACAGAUUCUGAGUAGUGGAAGUGAACAGAAUCACCCAAAAGCCAUCCCUCACCCUGGCUGCUGUGCUGGUCUGCUCCUGGCUCUAAGCCCUGUGUCAAUUUAUUUUAAGUGCUGUGUACCAGAACAUGGGUUGCAGGACAUACCUGGCACGAUCUUCUUCCUUCAGUGGGUGCAAGGGAACUUUUUUAACAUAAUGUGAAUGUAGUUUUUUGUGAUUUCUACGUACCACACUUUGAAGUGGUACUAUUUCUUUUCUUUUUAGGACUGAUAUUUUGAUGCUACAAUAACAUGAGAAGUGUGUGUGUAGUUUUAAAAUGAAUGGAGAGCAACAGCUUUAAGGCACUCUGGCAGUAGUGGCCAGACAGUAGAUUCUUGUUCAAUAUCUGCCCCUUUCUUCCAAAAUAUUUUUCCUGUGAUUUGCAGACACACCAAGACCUUCUUCAGUACAUGCAGAGUUUCUUCAGGGGGCUGUCAGAGCAUCAUGAUCCAGGUCAGGUUAGGAGAGUGCUGGGGGCAGUGCAUGCAGGUGCACGAUUGGACCUGUGUCUUUGGGCCUUGGUGGCUUCUCAGGGCUGAGAAUUUGCUUUUAGUCACCUAAACAGUGUAAACAUCACUGCUUGGUGGGUGUUGUUGCUGAAGAAAACAUUUUCUUGCUGAUUUGUCUCACCCUAGUUAGCUCUGUUGAAGGAGUUUGCCACCUUGUACCCAUUUUGUGUCCAGGUCACAAAAUACAGAUUGACUAGUAAGGUUGCCAGCCCAGGCUGUCACAGCGUUCAAAGUCAUAAAUAAAAAAUAAAUAAAAUAAAAUAAUAAUAAAUAAAUAAAUAAAUAAAUAAAUAAAUAAAAAGGAGAAGUCAGCAAAGGAUCAGUGUGGAUUUCUGGCUUGCCUGAAUUUCUCCCUUUAUGCCCAACAUUUUGGAAUAAAUGGGGAGCACUUCAGUUGAUGUUUUUGCACCCCACAGUCCCUUACUCACUUACAAAACUGGGAUGACAAUGAAAGCAGCAUAAGAAAGAUUCCAGUGAGGUUUUGGAUCCUCUCUCCCAGGGCUGUCCUGUAAGAGCAAUAAAGAGCAGUGCAGUUGCUGAGAGUGUGGCCAAGGCAGGAUCCCCAGGGGCAGCACAAUUAGGAACUUUUCCCUCUGAGCCCAUCAAGUCCCUUCACAGAGCAGUGGGCAGCCACAGAAGGGGAUGGUAACACCACAGGGCCUGACUGAGGUUCAGAUCUUGGGCUUUAAAGCAUCUCCAGUGUCUCACUGGUGUUCAGAGCUACCCAGAGCCUCUCCUACCCCACAGACUUUGCCAGGCAUCACAACAGAGGGGUAGCACUGCAGGAAUCCAUCACCCAAACUGUGCUUAGCAUUCCCAGAGCUGAGCUGGGCAUGCAGCUGGGUUCAGAUCACAGGGCUGGCUGUGUUCUCUCUGUAUUCCUGAUCUCACUUUCACCCAAAUCAGCAUUUCAUGCUCCAGGGGCAGCAGUGAGCAGGGGAUUCCAAGCUCCUGGAGCACAGGUCAGGGAGCAGCAGCUCAGGUGAGCCAGGGCACGCAGUCCCAGCUGCCCGUGGCUCUUUGUUCUGCACCAUCCACAAGAAUUCUGCCAAUGCAGCCCUGAUAAGCACACGGUGUUAAAGCCUGUGCUGUCCCAGCUCUGUAAUUCUUAGCCAUGCAAGCUGAAAAAAACAAGAUUUGCAAAUGAGUCUUUCUCCUCAAUUCUGCUCAGAAGAGCCCCACAAUUUCCCCUCCCUGUUCAAUUCCCCCAGGUGUCAGUUCUGGAGACUGGAUUGAGAGAGUUGUACUAUAAUGAAUAAUUUUAUAUUCAAAAGGUUUACUGAGCAUGAUUUGUUUUGUACAUAUUGGAAUAUGAUUUAACUUAUUUUUAUUGCCCCUCAAUCUUUUUUCUUUCCAUAAGGAGAAGACAAAAUCCCCAUCCUCUCUCAAUGUGAAGUUCCUCUGUGUUUAUGUGUAGCCUGCCAGUCAAACACACAACAGGCAGAGGAUUUCUCACCAUCCCUACAGCUAUCUGAUUUUGGUUUUCAUUGUCAUUUCUAUUCAUCUGGGACUUUGCUUAUAUUGUCUUUUCUUUCCUCUCUGCUGCACAGUCUGCACAGAGCAUGGAAAGGGCAAUGCAGGCAGGAUUUUCUUUUUCCUCCUCUCCCCUUUCCUGUGUGCUUUACUUACCAAGGAACUCAGUUCCUCUAGGAGUGGUGUGACUGAGGGUAAAAAAUACAACUGUCCCCCCCCUGCCCUCCAUCCUCCAUGCUGUAGAUCAGAAUGAUUCAGCUUCUCUGAGUGUGACUGUGGCUGGACUCAUUCCAUUGGGCUGAAUGUGUAUGGUUUGCACUUCCCCCCACCACUUCAGGAACUUAAAAACAACAAAAAAUAAAAGGCAACUGUUUAACUUGAGCCGAGUAACACUUAAAGCUUUAUAUAUUUAUUUAUAGCAUCUUACAAAAAGUGUUAAAAGGUUUUUUCUUCCACAAGGAAAAUAAAAUUUUAAAAAAUCAUCUAAUUGUUUUUUUGUCUAGAUCAAGGAUGAAUGUUAGCAGAUGAAAUAAACCCUAAAACUGA